AUGCCGGAAAUCGCGGAAAGGCGCCGCACCACCUGUCGCGACGCGACUUUGUUGUCUCUUGACUCCUCGCUUUCUCCUUCUUCUGCUUCUCUUCGUUCCUCGCCUCUCGUCUGCCCUGCGGCUUGUGCUUUCGCUUCUGCGUCGCCGAGGAAGCGCGGCGACCCACAGGAAACACCGCAGCAGUCCUCGCGUCCCCUACGCGUUCCGCGCGCGGAGAACAGGGUGGCGGCGGCUCUCGUCUGCCGCGUUUUUCUUGUGCUGCUCCUGCCGCAUUUCCUCGUCGUGCAUGCGGAGAAGUCGAGCGCCUCCACAGCCGCCAGCCCCGCAGAUGCGCUCGACGACAAACCCGCGCCACAGUCUCCACCCGUUGUGCGCUGGAGACAAACGCCUUCCGAGCUUUUCAUUACCGUCGCGGGUGCCUUCAAAUGGCCAAGGGUGCGGUUCAGAAGCAAGGGUCUCCACGUUGAAGGUAUAGGGAGCGUCGAAGGCGGCGAGAAGAAGAAGUAUUUGUUGGACCUGGCGUUGCUGCGCGAGAUCGAUCCCACGAAGAGCUCCUUCACCGUGAAGAGCCGUGGAAUCGAGAUUCGCCUGGAGAAGAAGAAACAGGAACCGUGCUGGCGAAGCUUGGGUCCUCUUUUCUCGCCGCCGCCUCCAUUUCUGAAGAGAGAGUUUGUCGACAGAGACAGCGAACUGUGCUACAUGGCCAGAAUUGUGUGGCGAGGCAAAUUCUUCUGGGAACGAAAAUUCGCAGACAAAGACAAUACUCCAGGAGAACAGUUUUUCGAGGACCACCGGCCCACGGGUGUCCACCCCGACCUUUGGAACAAGAUUAUUCGCGACCUCCGGAGACGCGCUGUCGAUCCGUCGCAUGCGCGUGAGGACGCGAGCCUCCAGGCAGAGAUCGCUGCCGCGAGAAAAAUCUAA